AUGAGUGGCAUCGAUUUGGCAAUUUCGAAACAAGCCAUUGGUCGACAUGGAUUCAUUGGCAGUUUAUAUGAUAUUCGUAGCGAUCAAUUUGAAGGUGGAAAUUUAUUCAAUCGAGAACUAGCAUCAUCAUUGAUUUCCACAACAGAUUGUGCAAGUUCAGAUUUUUAUGUGGAUGAAAAUCUAUCUCAAAAAGAUACACUUAAUAAGCUUAAUAUUGAAGGAUCCAUGAAACUAAGUCUUAUGGCUGGCCUAGUUAAAGUCGAUGGUUCAGCAAAAUAUUUAAAUCAAACAAAAACUGACAGUCAAACAGUUAGAGUAACUCUGAUGUUUAAUGUUAAAACAAAGCAACAACAUUUGCAAGUUAGUAUGGCGGAUUUAUACAAUUAUUUUAUACCAGAUGCAUUAGAAAAUCCAAAUGCAACACAUUGCAUUACGGGUAUUAUGUGGGGUGCACGUGUUGCAGCAACAUUCGAACAAGCGCUGAACAAUUCAGAAGCAGCCGAGGAGCUACAAGGUCUACUAUCAGCAUCGUUGAAAAAGGCAACAGUCAAUGUUGAAGGUCAAGCAAAAUUGGAGAACGUUGAGCAAGCAAAUUCGAAGUUUCGUUCAUUGAAAAUUAGUUUCUCCGGUGAUGUUCUAAUAGACGAUGUUCCCCAUACUGUGGACGAUGUUUUUAAUAUUUUUAAAAAAGUACCAUCUAUGUUGAAACAAUUAAACGAAGGGAAAGGUAAACAACUUGAAUUUCAGUUAUAUCCAUUGAAACGUAUGGCAGAAAUUUUCAAUAUUAUUAAAGAAAUUGCCAAUCAUAUGAUACAUAGUAUUGAAAAUGUUUUUGAGGAAAUACACAGAGGAAAACGAAUAAUCAAUGACUUUCUUGCUAAAAUUGAACAAUGGAAAGAUUUUAUCUCACCAGUUUGGACAGAUGUUAUUCAUAUGCAUCAAAGAAAAUUAGUGGAUGCAGAGGGACGAACACAGCGUGACAUAGCAUUAUUACUUGAACGAAUUCGACGCGGUGAAGCUAACGAAAAUGAAAUAAUCGAUUUGUUGAAUGAUUUUUACGAGAAAAAAUUAUGUUCUCCGAAGUCUAUCGAUCGAUUCCUAAAAGAAAAUGCACGAAUUAAUGCUAAAAUUGAAGCUCUGAGUCGAUUCGAUCAAAUGACAAUUGAAAAAGGCUUAGAUAGUGGAAGAAAAGAACCAAAUCUAUCUAUUCUACUUAAGAAAAUGACAACUAUUGAAGAUUUGAUUGAUAAUUUUCCUCAUGAUGAAUAUUUAUUAAGUGGAUUCUGA